GCGUUGAUUCUUCUUUUUCUGAAUUCGUAAAGUCGCGAAAGCUGUGACGUACUGCCAGAACACUUGAGGCUCUCAACUCGACGCCUGCCCCGCGGACAACUUCUCAACCCCACCAUCAAAAACGAAUCAACAACACAUUUGGUCGCAAAGUCCCUCACAGCAUUGCGGGAAAUAAUACCAGAGCCACAAUGUCUCUAAGCAACAAACUCUCGAUUGCUGACGUCGACGUCAAGGACAAGCGCGUCCUGAUUCGCGUGGACUUUAACGUCCCACUCGACAAGGAGACCAACUCGAAAAUCACCAACAACCAGCGAAUUGUCGGUGCGCUACCGACCAUCAAAUAUGCCAUUGAGAACGGUGCAAAAGCGGUGGUUCUGAUGUCUCACCUCGGCCGUCCUGAUGGGAAGCCAAACAGCAAAUUCUCGCUGAAGCCGGUCGCCGCGGAGCUGGAGAAGCUACUUGGCAAGAAGAUCACUUUCACAGAGGACUGCGUCGGACCUGAGGUGGAGAAGAUAGUGAUCGAGCAGAAUAACGGAGGUGUUGUGCUGUUGGAGAACUUGAGAUUCCACGCCGAAGAGGAGGGUUCAAGCAAAGACAAGGACGGCAACAAGACCAAGGCCGACAAGGCUGAUGUUGAAAAGUUCCGCAAGGGCUUGACGGCACUGGGAGACAUCUAUGUCAAUGAUGCCUUUGGUACUGCACACCGCGCGCACAGUUCCAUGGUCGGCGUAGACCUCCCACAGAAGGCUUCGGGCUUCUUGGUCAAGAAGGAAUUGGAGUACUUUGCUAAGGCACUGGAGAGCCCACAGAGACCAUUCCUUGCCAUUCUCGGAGGCGCGAAGGUGUCGGACAAGAUUCAACUUAUCGAGAACAUGCUGGACAAAGUCAACUCUCUCAUCAUUUGCGGCGGGAUGGCUUUCACUUUCAAGAAAGAGUUGGACGGCAUGAAGAUUGGCAACUCCCUCUAUGAUGAGGCUGGCGCAAAGAAGGUCAAAGAGCUGGUGGAAAAGGCCAAGAAGCAGAAUGUCAAGAUCACACUGCCAGUCGACUACGUCACUGCAGACAAGUUCGCGGCUGAUGCAAAGACUGGGUACGCCGAAGACAAGGACGGCAUACCAGAUGGGUGGAUGGGUUUGGACUGCGGGGAGAAAAGUGUCGAGCUUUUCAAGAAGACCAUUGAUGAUGCUAAGACGAUCCUCUGGAACGGCCCACCGGGUGUUUUCGAGAUGAAGGCCUUCGAGAAGGGCACUCGCGCGACCAUGGAUGCUGCUGUGGCGGCUGCACAGAAUGGCAAGAUUGUCAUCAUCGGUGGAGGCGACACUGCUACCGUUGCUGCUCAGUACGGCGUGGAGGAGAAGCUCAGCCACGUCUCGACCGGUGGUGGUGCAUCGCUCGAGCUGCUCGAGGGCAAGGACCUGCCUGGUGUUUCUGCAUUGUCCGCGAAGUCGUGAAUACAAGGCAGUAGACUGUGAUUGUCUGCAAUGCGCUCUUGAGCAAGUAGGGCCAUCGGCUGAGAAUUAGAUCAAUGUGCACGUAGAGCAAUGCCAUCGUCCGAAGAGAGGUGCCACCCGUACGUGACGCAGUCCUACAGAA